UGACCAAACUGGGAGGAGGAGCCGUGGGCUCGUGCGAUGCCCCUUCUCUCUCCCUCCCUUUCUCGCUCUCCUUCGUAUUCUUUUCAAGAGAGGAUGAAAAAAACGGAGCGCGACGGGGGGAGCUGCUGGUGGUGCUGCGCGAGCGGAAAGGCGUCAUUUUAGCCCAAAUACGAGUCACGCAAAGAGCGGCACGAGCGUCGGCGAACACACGCCGUGCAAAGAAAGCAAAGCAAAGGAAAGGGGGUGGCGCCGUAAAAACGUCAAAAACAACAUUUUAUUUUUUGCCGUGGUGUGAAGGGUACGAGCGUCGGUUUCCUUUUCCACUCCGUCCGCAUCACCACCACCACCACCACCACCACCAUCAUCAUCAGCAGCAGCAGCAGCGGCAGCAGCAAUAACAAACAGCAAAGCAACCUGGAUGGCUGCGUCUUUCUUAAUGAUCUACCGCACGAGGCAUCGGCAGGGCUGCGGCGAAGGUGCGCGAUCGCCCGCGGGCGUCGUUUUCACGCGCGGCUGUCAGUGAAGCGCCUCCCAAAGCCGUCGCGUGCGCUUCCUCGCUGAGGAUCCAGGGGCAGGCCGCCGUCCCAAAUCUGUCUUCAUUUGAACGAAGAGCAUGACACUGUGUCCUGAUCACCGGAACUCCACAUCGGUUGAAGUUUAACCGCGUUAGAAGCAAAACAAAGGCCGGAUCUUCUUUCAGUGAAUCUCUGGAGACCCCCAAACCGGGCGAUGGAUAACGCAGCAGUCAGUCUAAAUACGAAUAAAUUGCACCUGGCUGAAAAGCUAAUUCAUCGCAGGGGAAAGGACGCAGGAUGUCAAAGGCACACAUUUGAUAGUGGUUACUUUCACUUCGCACCCACUUCUAAGCGAACAUUGGCCUGUGAAUUGAUGAACCUCAGCUUUGAGAGCCAAUAGAAACCAAUAAGGAUGAAAAUGCGACGCCACAGAGUGUUUUUACUUUGCACCGUGGGGCUGUGUGUCAUUUCUUUUCUACACUACUACAAGGCCCUGCAUUACGUGUCUCUGCUACGGGAACUUACAGCACCCUACCCAAACAUCAAGUCCUUUAUAAUGGUGACUGGAUUCUUUUGGAAAGAGAAGGCCACUCCACUGUCUAGUGCCUCUCCAGAAGAGGCACCCCCACCUGUCAUCAGACCCUCAGAGACCAGGCACCGGGCUCAGGAAGGAACCAGGGGCAUGGGUGAAGGAGUGAAGUUGAACAUCCCUGAAGAACCAAGAGCACCACAGCCUUGGGUGAGACCAGAGGAAGUGCAUCAGAAGGGUCCAGACCCAGGGAAGGAAGACACGAAGUUGAUCAUGUGGCAACCCAGUAGUACAGUGCGACAACGAUUGGACCUUGCGAGAUCAAAUGCUCCCAGCAUGGUAGUGAAGAAGCAGGAACCCCAGCAUGCAUCAACUCCAGACCCAGUCAUGUUUCUAGGUGAUUUACACAAGCGCCGCAUCACCCUCUACGAGGACAGCACCCCGUACUUUGUCCGAACCAAAGCUGGCGCUCUGUGUUUCCGGCAGGGGACAGAGAUAGUGCCCCCAAGAGAUGAUUCUGGGGCGAUCAAAGGUAAGCCUACUAGGAGCAUCUUGCAAGUUGCAGAGGACUCAAAUAUCCAAACAAAAUUGGUGGAAGACCCCGGUUCCACCAGAGUUAAGCCCAAACGUGGCAAGCGUCUUGUGAAGUGUGUAUGCCGUUCCGGUUGGCAUGGACCCUACUGUGGCGUGCCUACAAUGGUGUACCACUCAAACCUGCCCACCAAAGAGAGACUGACCCCUCGUGAAAAGCCACGGCGUGUCAUUAAUGCCAUCAACAUCAACCAUGAGUUUGACCUGCUUCAUGCCCGAUUCAAUGAGCUGGGUGAUGCCGUUGACCUCUUCCUUGUAUGCGAGUCCAACUUUACAGCAUAUGGAGAGAGGCGCCCGCUGAGCUUUCUGCAGCUAUUGCUCAAUGGCACUUAUGACUACAUGCAUCGUAAGAUCCUUUAUGUGUUCCUCGACCACUUUCCCGAUGGUGGCCGGCAGGAUGGCUGGAUUGCCGAUGACUAUCUUCGCACUUUCCUUACACGGAAUGGCAUGAGUCGAGUGUUAGGUGCACGGCCUGAUGAUGUUUUCCUCAUAAAUGACGCUGACGAGAUCCCGGCCCGCGAGGGCAUUCUUUUCCUCAAGCUUUUUGAUGGCUGGACUGAGCCGUUUGCCAUCCACAUGCGCAAAUCUCUCUAUGGCUUUUUCUGGAAGCAGUUGGGUUCUCUUGAAGUGGUUUCAGGAUGCACAGUAGGGAUGCUCAAGGAGGUCUAUGAAAAUGACGGUAUCCGCUUGCGCCGGCGCGAGUACUACACCUUGCCUAAUUUCCGCAGAUAUGAGAAUGACACAGGACACAUCCUGGUGCAAUGGUCAGUUGGAAGUCCUUUUCACUUUGCCGGGUGGCAUUGCUCCUGGUGUUUCACACCUGAGGGCAUUCACUUCAAACUUGUAUCUGCCCAAAAUGGUGACUUCCCCCGUUGGGGCGACUAUGAGGACAAGCGGGACCUUAACUACAUUCGUGAGCUUAUCCGUACUGGGGGUUGGUUUGAUGGCUCUGUGCAGGAAUACCCUCCUACGGACCCUAAAGAGCACAUGUAUGCCCCCAAGUACAUGUUAGAAAACUAUAAGAGCUAUCGUUAUCUGCUGGAGAACCCUUAUAUUAAGCCUGCUCUGAAUGGGGGGUAAGGAAGAAAAAAGGUGGGGUUUAGAUGUAGUUCAUCUGGAUAAUAAUGGAAAAUAGGGUCCUGUGGAAGUUAUCAGGGGAGGAAAAGAACCAAACUCUGCCUACAUCCCUUUUCCCCUUUCUUACUUAUUGGACCAAACCCCAAAGGUUUAUUACCAUUAUCCAGUCCCUGGCAGAAAAGCGUGGGACCAGCCAUGGCAAUGGAUGAACAUAAGUGAUUUUGUUUUGUUUGUUUGUUUCUAUUGCUGUUUGGUAAGUGGACAUGCAGAAUCCAUCAAGUGACUGUAUCAGACCACUCCAUAAAUUAAGAAUUUAUUACACUAUGACAUUUGUGUGAUAAGAUAAAGAGAAAGAGUGUGUGUUUGUGAUUGGCCUUCACGGUUCUUGGUGCACUCCUAUCAUUUUUGCUUGCAGUUUUGAAAAAUGAAAACUAACUAUACAGAUUUAUCUUAUAUAUUUGAAUCUUUUUUUAAAAAGCACACUAGGCUGAUUGUGGCAGUCAGUGGAUCAAUUUCUAUAUGAAAGAGAUAAAUUGAAAAAGAGUUCUAAGUUUAAUUAGUAUAUGAAUGUUUGAAACAUGGGGUUAAGUUAAUGCAGCACUUUCGGGUCAGACUUGGCUCCGAUUGCCGAAGGCAGUGUGGUGAUGUACUUUUGCACUCGUGGCCGAUAGCAUGAAGUGCACUCCGAGGGUUCAGUUAUGGAAAACGAAAGAUGGCAUUCUCAGUCAUGCAUGCAGAAUAGAAAGGGAAAGAAGAAGAGAAAAAAGUUGGAGCAGGGAGUACAGGGUAGAUAGAAGUGGACAAGAGGCCAAGAGUAGGUCUGUCCGUUCCCCUGCCUACGUAGAACCCAAUACAUUAUGAAUGGUGGUAAUGUGCAGCACAGCAGGAGACCAUUAGAGUUGAAGAGCAGGCCACAGAGGAGAAAAAAAUAGUCCUUAUUUUUCCUAUCUAUCCUUCUCUCAGUGCUCAUCUUUUUGUCGUAAGGCAGAUUUUGGCAUUUUAAAAUAUUUGCUGUGGAAAGGCAACAAAAAAAAAACACAAUUAUUCGAAAUGUCAACAAACUCUUGUGACAAACCCAUUUGAGUUUGAAUGAUUUUUUUUUCAGCAUUAUAUGGAAUGUUAUGGAAAAGUAUUAGAGUUACACAUCAUCCAAAUUUUCAUGUCCAUUUCUUGUCCAAAAAAACGCAAAAAGCAGGACAGCCUGGAAUGGGAAUACUAUGAAUAUGAUUAAAAUUGCUGGGAAAUGGACAGAUUCAAAUGGCCAGUGGUAAAUACUCCUUACAUCAGGUGCUGUGGGUGGUGGAAAAGUCGGGGCAGCCAAGUGAAAGAAAAUGCACAUACUUUGCAAUAUAGAAGAAAUUCUCAACGGAUACGUGUUCGACACAACAUUUUUCAUUAUAAACAGAACCUAUGGGACCGCACGGCUAGCAGUUUUCAUACGAAGUAAAAUCUGUGUAUGGUCUAUCAUAUAUCAUUUUUGAUGGAACCAAGCUGCUGGUGGCAAAAUCUGGAUAUACGGAUAAAGUCGAUAAGAAUGUUGCUAUCUACAGAAGACACGGCCAAAUUAUUUCUCAUAUUAUCUUCUCAAGCAGCAGUGUGUUGUGUCAUUGUGGAAGUGUGAAAAGCGGGGUAGUAAACUAGUAGUGAUACGAAGGGAGGUACAGGGAGAAAAAGAGGGAGUGAGCGAGAUCAGCAAAAUCCCAGCAUUCAAUUGAGGUCACAAAGUCCUUAGCAUGGGGCGUCCACAUCCCGUGUGUGUGUGUGUGUGUGUGUGUGUGUGUGUGUGUGAGAGAGAGAGGCAGAGCUCCCUGCUGCAGCAAAACCACUCAUGAGUACCAAACGAAAGCAAAGCAAAGAACAGACACAUUUUCUGUGCAUUUUUGCUUUUAACUAAAUAACCAUGGUUCCUGCCAUGUUUCCUGUUCCACAGUGCAUCCUUUUUUCUGUCAAAACUUCUCACUGAAUUUGACACACACGCACACACACACAAAACAAUCACAUUCCCCUCCCUUGUUCAUCUUCCUUGCCAGCUUUUGAGCUUUCCCUGACUGCCAAAAAUAACCUCGGCUUAAUGACGGUGGGAUUUUUCACCUCCUCCUCCCUCACCCCCACAUGAGUUGUUUGUGUAUGGUUUGUACCCUCCUCUGUCUUCACAUCAGAGGAUGAUGAGGGUUUGAUGGGCAUCGUGCUCUACCGGGCACACCAAGCUCUCCCCUGCCGUGUCAGGCUGGGCUGUUUCCAUGGUGACAUGCCAUCCUGCCUGCAAAGUGAACACCAUUCAGAACAAUGGGGCUACGUUUGCAUGACUGAAUGAAACUUCGAUCUGAGUGAAAGGGCUUUAUCACUUGUUUAAUAACCUGUUAAACAGAUAAAUAAAUUGCAGUGUACACUUUGAAAUCAGAAUGAUUAGCAUGGAUCUAAAAUCCAAUCGAAUUAGCAUGCGCUCCGUGCAGGUGCAUUUUGCUGAUAAAUUUGGUAGCUGCUGAAAAUGGACGCAUCAGAGCCACAAUUUUGAAGUAGAAUUUCCCUGAACAUGAAAUCUUUAAGUAAUGACUUUAGGUAAUUCAACUACUUUUUGCAGAGAACACCUAAAACACUGAGCUACCAUACGCUACUGUUAUAUCAAUGACACUUAAUUCCACGCCUUCUAUACAUAGUGGAUUAUACUGUAUAAAACAUGCUCGUAAAGAUCGAUUGGUAUUUGAUGUAAGCAGUUAUUCUUUUACAGUUGAAAGAGAUCAGUGAAACUCCUUAGCACAGCUUUAUUUUAUGACCAUAAUUAGACUAUUAAAACAUUAGACUAUUAUCAUUAGUUAAAAUGUAGAAAAUUUUUCACUAUUAAUUGGCGACAUUUCAACUUUCAUGUUAGAAUGAAGGACUCAAAAAUCCUGUUGAUGAUCAAAUGUUGUCCCUGUUUUGAAAACCGUGGCUUCACGUUCCACACUUGGUUUGAGUUCUGGGAACGGAUUGAAUUCUUUUUGCUUGACUGAAACCUGUACUUGUUGUGAAACAGAGCUCCAGUGACUCAGAGAGGAGGAGACAUUAGGAUGUGUUUUUGCAAGCCUGCUCUCUCAAAUAACUGACUGAAAUCUGAAGAAGGAUGCUCUAGAUGCCUGUGUUCUGCUGUCAUCUUUGCUUUCUCUGUGUUACUGACGUAGUUUCUCAUUCCCCCAAGUGUGCACUUGCUCUGAGCGUUGAGCCAGAACAGCAAGAGGAUUAAGAGGAAGCGCAUUAAUAGCGUCGCCCUCUAAGCUGCUACGUUCGGGACAAAGCUCCGCUGUGCCCUGUCACAUCUGCAAUGCAGCAGUGCUGUGUUUACAACGGGGAUCCUGGAUCCUAACACGCGUUACAGAUGCAAACGCACAGCUGGAAAUGCGCUCACUUUGGUGACACGUCAGCCAAAGUGAGUCACUGUUGAACGGUAACAUGUUUAAAAUACUUCUAUACUUCCGGGCUAUGCUUCAUUCAGAAAGAAUGAAACCCCUGUGGACUACUCUCACUCGGUUCCUCCUAAGCACGUGAUUUUUGCCACUUUCUUGUAAACUAGCAUCAUCAUAACAGGUUACUUAACUAGUAACCAGCUUCACUAGCAAGCUAACUGGCACUUUUACUUCAGAGCUAGCUUGAUAGUGUUACUAGAUUUAAUAACACACAAUAGUUUUUCUAACAACAUAACAUUAGCUUGCUUGCCAGCAAAAUUAGCUAUUGCUCUUCAUGAAAGUUAGCAUAAUAUUAAUCUGGACAAUUAAGUAGCUGUUUUUCAUUACAGGUGUAAUUGUUAGCCUAAAGUUUGCCAGCAUUUAUUGGUGAGCUUUUGGGUUGGGUUUAACAAUAGAACUGUUAGCUUAUGUUUUGUCUGUGACAUACAUUAUGUAGUGAAAUAGUUAGCAUAAUGCCAGCUAGCUUGCUAGCAAAACUGACUCCUUUGCUUGUUACAGUAAUACAAAAAUAAUGUGCUAUAAUUAUCUUGAUAUUAUCACAAUGGCUAUUUGUAUCCUAGCUUUAACUAGUUUUAAAAUGGUUUGCCUCCUUGUUUUGGCUGCUUCUUAGCUGCCUUCUUGUUUUGGCUGCUUAGUUACUUCUUGGCUGUCUUUUUUUUCUUAAGAUGUUUCCAGCAUUUUGACAUUCAGCAUCGAAUAGAUCAGCUUUCAAGGAUCCCCACAAUAUUUGGGUACCCAGGCAAUUUCCCGUUCUAUAGAGAUGUUCAAAUUAAAAUAUAAAAUCUACUCUUGUUGUGACCGGGACAUGAAACUCCCUCAGGCAAAAACAGGACGUGCGCGACAUGACCAGAUUAUGAUGAUCUGAUACGGUGACAGAGAAGAUAAGUGUAAGAAUUGCGCCACAGGAAAUCUUUGCCAGCGUAAUAUAAACUUCCACAGGCAACUGAAAUCAGAAAUAUGAUUCUCGGUGCUGAUGGAGAAGGGGGAGGGUAGAAAAGCCUUGAUGUUUUCAGUUUGGAAUGUUGGCUAAGAGAAGAAAACUGCUUCGCUUUAGCUUCUGACAUGCUGAAUGUAUAAGAUGUUUAAAGUGAAGUUGUGAUGUUCUCUUGUCUAUUUUAUCCAGAAGUCUUCAUGUACAAACCCACAAGUUUAUUCUUUUUGCAUGCCUUAAUCACUCCUCUUUAAAACAAGCUUUACGGAUUCUCCGAUUCUGAUCCGUCGGAAUUUGUUUGAGAUUCUAACAUUCAUUUAUUUAGUAACUAAAACUAAAAUGCGCACUUAUAAAUGUGUUCUCUGUCAUUUGUACUUACAAAAGAAUGGCUUUCGAGGGAUUUCAGUUCAUCGCUUAACAGAUAAGGUGCAUUUUAUUGGCUUAAAAAGAAAAACUGAAAGAGAGACCGUUUCUAGCUGUCGAAGAUUAUAAGAAGAUCAAACCUCUUGCAUGGAUGUUUCAUUGCAACAAAAUUAUAAGCAGAUAUAAAGUUUUCUGUGAUUGUUGUUUAUUAAAUAAAAAAAUGUUAGAAUUAGGAACUUGCUGUGGAAUGAGAGGAUUUAACCACUUCUGGACAUGUUGUCAUAAGAAUGUAAAGACUACUGAAGCUCACUUUUUAUCAACUAGUGCUCUAGAGAAGGAACUAAAAAGGUUCCUGGAACUAUGGCCUUAUACAACAGUUUGUGUGGAACAAAAUGCAAAGAUUUUGUAUCCUGGCUUCCUGUUGUGAAUAUAUAUCCCAAAUUUCUGAAUUUUGGUAAAUGUUCAUGUGGUGAAAAUGUAGCUAAACUCCUAAAAAAAAAAAAAUCCCUGUGGUGAAAAAACGUUGGUCACCUGAAAAGGUUCCAUCCAAUGUGCUGGUACCCCUGCAAAGUUUCAUGGCAUGGAAAAGCUUCCAACAUCUCUAGAGGUUUUUUUUUUCUAAUGAUUCUUGUGUUGAAUAUAUUGCCCAAAGUGCUGGUAUCCCUGAAAUGGUUCUUGGGAUGAAAAAACUCCCCAAGUUCCUGAAUUCUUCUAAAGGUUCAUGUGUAGCCAAAGUUUUUGACAUUUUCCCAAGGUUCUUGUGCUGAAAAUGUUCCCAAAGUGCUGGUAUCCCUGAAACGGGUCCUGGGAUAAAAAAAAAAAAUCCUCAGUUCCUGACAAGGUUUCUGUGGUAAAAACGUGCCUAUACAGAGAGACGGAGGGAGAGAAAGAAGGAGAGAUAGAAUGCUGGCUUUGUUUAAUGAAAACUGCUCCUUAAAGUCUAUGAAUCAAAACACGGUAUCCAUUUUAAUGACCUUAUAAAUGAUCCAAUUAUCUGACUUAUAAUAGGUGAGGGCAAAUUAGCUCAAAUUGCUUUGAUGCUUUUUUUUUCUUUCAUCCAUCCUGAGUAGGGGGGGAUGGGGAUGAGUGUUCAGUGGAAAACAAAAAAGCUCGGAAAGCCAGCGGCAUUAGAGGAAAUCUAUUUGGGCUGCUAGAGAGUGGAUGGUUCCUGAGAGGCAGAGAUUAUUUCUCUUUACAUCAUUAAAGUGCCACAUUUUAUUCGACUUUAUACAACUUAUACAGGCUUGUGAGUUAAGACGGCGUCCCGGAAGGCUUUCGUUUGUUUGUUGAACGUGAUGUGAACGAGGGAUAGCUUGCUGAUGUUGGCUGCUGCCCAAACCUGUGGCUGUUCUUACUAAUCAUUGUAGAAAUUUCUCUUCUAUGGGAGUUGCACUAAGGAUCUCUCUCUCUCUCUCUCUCUCUCUCUCUCUCUCUCUCUCUCUCUCUCUCUCUCUCUCUCUCUCUCUCUAUCUCUACCUAUCUAUCUAUCUAUCUGCUACAGAACAUCUUUGUCUUCUUGGGUUUCGUUUGCUAUUCACUGUCAGUUGUAAUGAUUUAUUAGCCAGUUGUUGUACAUGUCCUCAUCGGUGUUUACAUGAAUUUGUUAUUUUAAAAAGUUAGUUAUAUUAUUAAAGUUAUUUCUGGAUGUGUUUAUCAAAAUUAAAAAGGGAAAAAGGAGAAGGUUAUGGAGUGGAGAGUUAUUUAAUCUAUAUCACCAGUAACCUUUUUUUUUUGUUCCAUCACUGUCUAUCAGUCUUUGACUUGUUCCUGUCUGUUCUUCCUGUUGAUGUAAAAUCAACAUUUUGUGCUGAUAUUACUGAAACGUAUCUGAUAUGCACUUGUCUCUUAUUAUUAUUAUUAUUUUUUUUAUUUUAAUUUAAUUUUUUUUACCUGUGAAUUUUAACCCAACUAUCAGGGAUUUCUACCUGUCUACAGUAUAUGGUGCAUCUUUCUGUGUGUUUUUUUUCUUUCUGUUGUAGGAGGUGAAGGCAUGAAACAGUUGGAUUCUGGGGGGAAAAGAAAAAAAAAACAGCGCCUAAUCAAAUUAUAUUUUAACACAGAGCAACAGUGAGGGUACAAAAUGUGUGCGUGUGUGUGUGUGUGUGUUUGUUUCAGAGCGUGUGUGUCCCAUAUGUUGUGUCAGAGUAGAUCAAAAGCGGUAUUGAUGAUUUUGCAUCCAGCGACAGAUGGACGCACACACGCGCACACACACACAGACUCGGAACACUCAUCUCAAACCAUUACCUGAUGCACUGUGUGUGUGUGUGUGUGUGUGUGUGUGUGUGUGUGAGAGAGAGAGACUCACCACACAAUCUUUCACAUUUGACUUUUCUCCACUGAUCCACCAUAAAUUAGGUCAUUAUUCAAGGAUGCAGGUCUAAUCAUGUACUGUGUAUAAUGUAUAUUAUCAACUUACUCACUAAGGAAGUCCAGCGAGGCCAUCUGUUUUGUUUUGUUUUCGUCUCUUCAUUCCUGUUAUUUCCAGAUCAAAUAUCAUUUUCUGGAUCAUCGUUAAUUUAUGAGAACACGAUUUGAUCUGAUGUAAUUUAUCCGGAAAAUUACGAGAAAAACUGUCCAGUGAAAGAUAAAGAUUUGUAAAUUCUUCAGCGUCGAGUUCAGUUGUGGAUUUAAGAACAUGGUGCAGAAGAAGUGACACAAUGACUGAUGGCCUCUACGGAUUUCACUAAAGUGCAUCUGUGUUUAUUUAUUUUCUGUUUUUAAUUUUUUUUUUCUGCAGUGAAUCGUCCAUCAGGUUUGAAUGUGAAUCUGAAUUUUUUUUUUUGGAAAUGUUUUUUUUUUUUUUUUUAAAUUCAGUACAUUUCUGUAAUAUAUUCAGUGAUUUAUACUCACGGCAGCUUGUUUUUUGUUUUUAUUUCUCUGGAAAUUUUUGCUUUGAUAAACCAAAAUUGUAUUCCUGUACAUUUUUUAUCAUUCGAGCAGUUUUUCAUUGCUUUUUUUUUUUUAUGACCUUUAUUUAUUUUUUUUCUCUUGGUUGUUUUGCUAUUGAUUAGCCUCAAAACAUGACCAAUUGGAUCACAGUUAUGUCAUCGAAGUCAGAUCGUAGCCACUAGAGGGCCCAAGAUGCUUCAGCUGAAUCUUUUCAGCCACCAGUCCCACCUUCUGUCUCACUGCAGCGUCCAAAAGUGAGUGAUAAGGCGGAUAUAAAAACUUUUGUAAUCUCAGAUCCGGGUUGCCAGAUUUCAACAACAAACAUCCUUCCUGUGAUUUUGUAAUUCUUUCUUUUCUGAGAGUUUCUGGAUGUAUACUAACAUUGCGACAGAACCUACAGGAAGGCAAGAGCAGUCUUGUCAUGUGUGUGUUUUUCUUUUUCUUUUUUUUUUCAAGAGGAUGUGGUUAAGAAAAACACCCACUCAGUGUAAUUGUGUAUGUUUUCAGUGGCUUGGCAUCUCCUCUCUUCUCCUUUCGUGCUCACAUUUCUGCAUUUCUUUCUGCAUUUGUGUCCCAUUCAGGGUUCAAACCACUUCACUAAAAUAUCUUUCUCAGCAGAGCGAGAGGAAAAAAAAAAAAAAAGGCUGAUGUAUUUACACAAAAGUACGCAGACAUUUAAAUGACUUUUUUUUCCUCCUCUGUGGGUAAAGAUGAAAGAGUGUACAUUUAAGAAUUAAUAAGAAAGACCCUUUUGUUCUGUAUAUGAAUGGCUCUAUGUUAACCUGAACAGAAAAUUAAUGAACUCUAUGACAAAGAAACUAUAAUAAAUUAAUUUUAAAAUUGUCA